AUGAUGAAAUCAUUGAUCGCAAUAUUGGCGUUGUUUUUGAUCGCCAUCGUCGCGGCUGAAGACGCCAGAAGCGUGGAGAUCAGCCUGACCAAGACGAUGGACGAACUGAAUAAAAGGGACACCAUCAAGAUCUACGGUGAUAUGAUCACCUUGGAGAAGGUAGACAUUGUGGAAGAUGAAGAGGCUGCAAGAGCUAGUCAGGACCCUCUAGUGAGCAAGAUCGAACAAUUCCUGAGGAACAGGAAAAUUCAUGUACAUCUACCUAGCGAUGGAUCUUCUGCCGACAUGUUUGGCAGAGCUAUGGGACAGAAGGACAUGGAGAUUGGCCUCAGAGGUCUGACUACAGGAGCUUCUGAAGCCCGAACCAAGCUGAAGAAGAUCGUGUUGCCGUUACUACUGGCUCUCAAACUCAAAGCCAUGAUCGUCCUUCCUAUUGCCAUCACUCUGAUCGGUCUGAUAGGCAUCAAGGGACUCGGUGCAGGUCUACUGUCCCUUCUUCUUUCCGGGGCGGUCGCUCUCAAGGCUCUACUAACACCACCACCACCCUCCUAUCCCACCAGGGUCUCGUACGGAAUAGUAAAACCUGAAGUUCACCACGAACAUUGGCACAGGUCACAGGAAGAAGUGAAUCAACCGUACAGAGGGUGGGCCCCGGAAUUCGGGCCUGAGCAGUAUCCCUACCAAGACAUCCCUUAA